CUCUGCCCCUCUGGAAUACGGUGCGCCAUUCACACUCUUCCCCCCUUCUCUCUCUCUCUCUCUCUCAGCAGAGACCCCAAAGACGUGCCCAUGGCUGCCCGCUGUUGGUGCCCACCCUUGCUGCUGAUCUCCCUGCUGCUGCUGGCCCCUCGCGUGGCCUCCAGCGUGUGCGGGACAGGCACGGCCAAAGAGUGCAAUGUGGCGACCCCGAUGCCGGGGGUGGAGAUGGUGGGCGAGGGCUUUGACGUGGUCCACAUGCGUGGGACGGGCACCUGGGUGGUGGAUACCCGGUCCUGGCAGCUGCCGGAUGGGGGCUGCACACUGUGCCACAACGAUCAGCUGGAGGGCAAGCGUCAGCGGCUGCCCCAAGCCGUGAAACACUGGCAUUCGGCGACGGACUGUCGGCGUUACCUGUCCGGCCAGACCUUCAAUUCCAGCGGGGGAGGUAAGCGCACCGAAUUGCCCGGCGGGAAGGCCUCCAGCGCCGCUACAGUUUCAGCCGCCUGUCCUUCAGCUGCCGCUGUACAAGGCGCGGUUGGGGCCACCAGCCACCACAGCAUCCGCACCUGGAGCAGCUCCUGCGCACCCUGCCCGUUACCGUGCACCAGCGAAGCCGACUUCCUCUACAGCAGCUUUCUGCGCACCUUCGGCACCCCCUAUGUGGUGGCCGUAGACCUGGGUGGCGCCUACACUGACCUCACCGCCCUCCGCACCUGCCAGAUCGCCCUCAACGGGCAAACCCUGGAUGAGGUGAAAGACUGCCUGAAGUCGGAGGUGCUGAAGAAGAUGACGGGCAAGGUGGACUCUGACACCAAGGUGGACUCUGACACCAAGGGGCCAAACUGCAACCAAGACCGCAGCAAGAUGGAGGGCAAGCUGACCUUCCACCAGACCUACAGCGAACGCCUCACGGAGGUGACGGGCGGCAGCCCAGGCAGCAUGGACAACCUCUUCAACCCCUCUUCCUCCUCUGACUCCUUCUACCUCUCCUCCAAUUCCUCCCUCUCUACCUCCUCUGAUUCCUCCCCCUCCUCCUCCUCCUCCAUCUCCAACCCCCCCUCCAAAGACUCCUUACCUUCCUCCAACUUCGUCUUUACUUCCGAUGACUCUUCUGACCCAGACUCUCCCUCCAACUCCAAACAUUCCUCCAUCUCCUCCUCCUCCAACUCCCUACCUUCCUCUGACACCGACUCCUCUUCCCCCGGCGGCUCUUCGGCCUACACCUCCUGGCUAGCCUCGCUGCCCGCGCACCCUGGGGUGCUGCGCCGCACCCUGGAGCCGCUCCACCUGCUCCUGCCCUCCAAAGACCCGCGGCGGGAUCUGCUGAAGGCGGCCAUCGCCCGCCACCUCCUGCAGACCGAGCCGUGCCCGGCGGGCGGCCGCACUGACCCGAGUAGGCCCUGCAGCUGCCGUUGCCAGGGGCAACCGGGGUUGAGCGCCGCCUGCUGCCCCCUCCGGCGGCGCUGGGGGACGCUGCAGGUGGAGGUCCAGCGGGCUCGCGGGCUGUGGGGCGACUGGUUGUCGCAGACCGACGCCUAUGUGCGCCUGCGCGUGGGGGCCGGCGGGAGGCGGGGCCGACAUCGCCACCGGGUCCACCGACGUCAUUUCGGACACAACCCCGUGUGGAACGUCACCCUGCACCUGGGCCAGGUGAGUCUGGCCGCCAGCGACACCGAGCUCACCGUCGAGGUGUGGGACAGCAACAGCUUCUGGGCCGACGCGCUGCUCGGCUCGUGCCAGGUGCACCUGUCCUCCGGCCACCGCGACCACGUGUGUAGCCUGAAGCACGGUAGCCUCAACUACUCGCACACCCUCACCUGUGGCCCACACCUGGGCGGCGACCUGUGCCAGGAGUACAUGCCCGGCAGAUGA